AUGACCGGCGAGCCAGCAAAGCGCCAGAAGCGUGAAGAGUACAAGAAGACACUCGUCGAAAAUGACGCGACGCUGCCGAAGAAGAAAUUCUACCGGCAACGCGCCCACGCCAACCCGUUCUCAGAUCACUCAUUGACAUAUCCCACAAGUCCCGCGGAUAUGGACUGGGCAGGUCUGUACCCUACGUAUGCAGCCGAGGACAAGGCGCGAUCGAAGUCAAAAGUCGAGUCACAUGACAACGGCGAGAAAGACAAGAGCACAGCAGUCAUGGCACUCACAAAGAACGUCGAGAUUGCCGACAUUGGUUGUGGUUUUGGAGGCCUUUUAUUCGCACUCGCGCCAAAGUUCCCGGACACACUGAUGCUAGGCCUCGAGAUCAGAACCUCAGUCACAGAAUAUGUGCAAGAGAAAGUGCGCGCCCUGCGGGUUCAGAACGCCGCAACAGGCGCUUAUCAAAACGCGUCCUGCAUCCGCGCAAACACGAUGAAGUUCCUGCCCAACUUCUUCCAGAAAGCGCAGCUCAAAAAGAUCUUCCUCUGCUUCCCGGAUCCGCACUUCAAGCAGCGCAAGCACAAAGCCCGCAUUGUAUCGUACACGCUCAACUCGGAGUAUGCUUAUGUACUCAAACCGGGCGCGGUCGUGUAUACGAUCACUGAUGUGCAGGAUCUGCACGAAUGGAUGAAGGGGCACUUUGAGAAGCAUCCUAGUUUUGAGCGAGUCAGUAAGGUUUUUGAGGAGGGGGAGGGAGAGGCUCAAGAAGGCAUGGAUGAGUGCGUGAGGCUGAUGAGGAGUGAGACUGAGGAGGGGAAGAAGGUCACGAGGAAUAACGGGAUGAAGUAUGUGGCCUGCUUCAGGAGACUCGAGGAUCCCGCAUGGCCUUGA